AAUCGAAUGCGAACAAAUUUCCGCCGGUGCAACACGAGCGCCCGGACGAGAUUAAUCGAACCCCCUCAUUGAAAAGCGCUGUCAAUUCUGUAAACAGCUUGCACUUAGUGGGCUACUUUUCAUUGGACAAUUCCGGCUGUUGGUUCCGCCUCAUUUUCGAUUUUCUGGAUGUUCAUUGCUCAAACUAGACAGCUAUCGUGUAUUCCUCUGACGUCAUCUAGGCGCUGGAACUCGUUGAUAAUGUUGUGGUUGUCCAUGCCGCGGAUUCAGUGCUUGUUUGUAAAGAUCUCCUUUUGAUCAGUCUCCCCCGCAUGGAGUUGCGCGCUGACCCGGUGGUGGCAACCUUGGACAUGUCGGAGAUUAAGGGUAAAGAUGGGGAGCCUUCGGAAGGCGACGGUGACUACGAGAGUUUGCCAGCGCAUGCCUCAUUGACAAUCCACAUGACAGCAGGAGCCGUGGCUGGAAUCCUGGAGCACACGGUGAUGUACCCCGUGGACUCUGUCAAGACCAGGAUGCAAAGUUUGCAGCCAGACCCUAAGGCUCAGUACAGCAGCGUGUAUGAGGCCCUAAGAAGGAUCGUCCGGACGGAGGGUCUCCUCAGACCCCUGAGGGGCCUCAACAUCACAAUGCUGGGGGCUGGCCCUGCCCACGCCCUCUACUUUGCCUGCUACGAACAUGUCAAGCGCACACUCAGCGAGGUCAUUCAGAAUGGAGGAAACAGCCACAUAGCCAAUGGACUGGCAGGCUGUGUGGCCACUGUGCUGCAUGACGCAGUCAUGAACCCAGCUGAAGUGGUGAAACAGCGGAUGCAGAUGUACAACUCUCCCUACCGGAACCUGUUGGACUGCGUUGGGACUAUACAGCGCACUGAGGGGCUCGCAGCCUUCUACCGCAGCUACAGCACACAGCUGGCCAUGAACAUUCCCUUCCAGGCUGUCCACUUCAUGACAUAUGAGCUGAUGCAGGAGCGGCUCAACCCCCACAGACAGUACCACCCCGGCAGCCACGUGUUGUCUGGGGCUGCGGCAGGGGCCGUUUCUGCAGCCAUAACCACCCCGCUGGACGUGUGUAAGACCCUGCUCAACACACAGGAGAACGUAGCGCUCAGCUCCAUACACAUCAGUGGUCACCUCACAGGCAUGGCCAACGCCUUCAGGACAGUGUAUCGCCUCGGUGGCACGGCUGCCUUCUUCAAAGGGAUCCAGGCCCGGGUCAUAUACCAGAUGCCCUCCACUGCCAUCGCCUGGUCAGUCUAUGAGUUCUUUAAGUAUGUCCUGACCAAGCAGCAGAUGGAGCGAGAGGCUGGGCCAGCUGGCCCAGUCUGAGGAAGGGCUGUGGACACCGCAAUGUGACCACACCUGUACUAGAGGCUCCUGGUUCUCCUGUGGGAUCAAUGCAAAAAGCCUCAUGGUGACAUUGUGUUCAUAAUUUAUAUCUGUGUGUGCUUUUGUAUAAUAACGCAAAGGGAACUCACUGCAAUGGAGGAAGUUUGAAAGACUUGCUGUGGUAGACUGUGGCACUCCUUACCCUUCACUUUCCUACCCAGCAAGCCCUUCCAUUGUGCACUGUCAUUCAUUAGAGGAGUGGAGGCUGUUACAGGAACUGCACAGAGAUGUAUACAGAGAAAAGGUCAUCUUCAUAUGGCAACAGGCCCUUUUCCCAAAUCACCCAUUCACUAAGCACACAACAGUGACAGUAUUUUCAUGAUUAUGUUGGGUUACAUUCAUACAGUAUGUUUGUAGAUCUGAUAUGGGAACUUUGUAUGGGAACUUUAUUUAUUUGAUUUGCUUACCAUGACUUGCAUUUUAUGGAUUUGGAAGAUACACAUAGUUGUUUGCUUGUUUUAUUUCCUUGUGUAUUUAUAAAGGACUGUUUUAUUGAACACAUUCCUGAGUUUCGCUGCACAGUAGACACAAUUGUGCUUUCAAAGUGCCUCUUUAGCAUUGAAGGCAGCCACAACUUUAAGGUGUUUUGUGUUGUCCAUGUCCUUAAUAGAAAUGGAUUGGAUCAGUCACCAUUAACAUAAUCGUUGUUUGCCAUUGAAAUGUCGAUUCAAUCGUAUGAUCUUUAUAUGUUACCUUUUCUUCAAUCAUAGCAAGAAACCACUCGUUAAAACCAAAUGUACUGAAAUAGGACCAUGUUAUUUUUCCUUGGCCAGAAGGUUGGCAUCAUACAAUGUGCCUAUAAUCUGAGCUAGCCUAAACCUAUCAAGAUGAGGGCCUGUUUUCUAUUCUGUGUUGGAAAUGCAGUUCUGAGAGUUAAAUUUCCUUUUGGCUGAACCACUAAAUGUUGUGCUGGGUUUUUUAACUUUAGAUAGGUCUUCAUUCUAACCUCUGUGCCAGUCAAAGUCUGCAGUAGUUUAGUAAUUCAGUUUCAGUAGUUUAUUUUGACCACCCAGUGAAGUGAGUAUUGCCUCCCUUUCCUGAGCGGUUACUGGAAUCCCUCUCAAUAAUAAAGGUGUAUAGGCCAUAACGGCCCAAAUAUUUGCCUCGAGUGUAUUAUAUAACAAUCUAUGUUGCAGAGAAGAGGCAGUGUUUUAUAUAUUUUAGUGAGUGAUUGUUUCCCAGGAGGCAUUUCAUGAUGCUGGUCCUCAGGUGUACCAAACCUCCGCAUCAAACCUGUAAGAGGCUGGUGGCAUGGACCGGCUCGUCUCUGCAUUCAGACACAUCUGUGGUGAUCAUAUUUAGCUUUGGAGUAAAAUAUCAUGCUUGUAAUAAUGUACUUAGUUUAUAUCUCUAAAAUGAUUUUAUGUGAGAUGAGCAGAUUUGACAGAUUCUCAAACUACUACAAAACAAAUAAAACAUUCAAUGUUAGACAGCAGAAUUUGGAAUGAGUACCACUGCAGCCCAGGACAGUUAAUCGGGCGAAUCCUUUAAGCAUUGGGUACAGUCUGUGACAAUGGGCCCAUUACUAAUGGGUUACCAGAUCAGCUGGUUGGCACGCUCUAUUUAUUAGACUUUUUUUUGGCCCAUUUUAGUCACUUCCUGUGCUCUCCCUGCUCUCUUCCCAGCCUCUUGGCUCUGAGUUUUCCGCUCAGAAGGCAGACAUUCCUCCACAUAUUGCUGUAAUCCACAGAGCUGCACGAUUUGUUUGUUUGCUUUUAAUUAAAUGUUGUUGGGUUUGUUCACCAGUGAAGUACAGCUAGUUCUAUGAGAUCUCCAAAGGUCCCAGUCCCUCAAAUAUAGGUUUAUUCCUUGUUAAAGAUCCCAAAGAUAUGUAUUGUAUGAUUUCCUAUUUGCAAACCUGUAGUGGUGAACAUACCUGUAAAAUGAAGCACUCAUUCUUGUCCUCAUACUUAUUGGCAGUCCUCUCAUUCCAAGCAUCAUCUGCAACCAAAAAAAGCUUUAGCUUCUUAUUCUUUGGACCUCUUUAGUUGAGCUAGUCAUAUAGCUGUCCUUAUGAUGUUUCAAAAGUCACUUUGUGCCUCAACAUUUUCACAAGAGGUAGAGAUGAGAAUUUCAAAUGUUUCUGUGAAGACUGAAGUGUUUGGUUAAAGGGGACAUUUAGUCUGAACUGAGACAAGCAGGUGAGCAGUGGUCAAACCUGUUGCAGUAUUCAUAACGGAGAGAAUUUGGCCCACUGCAUGACCAUUUCUCUAUUUAAAUUUGAAGUCCUUUUGAGCCCUGUGGGUGUUUUUUAUAGUUACACAAAUGUGUUUGCUAAAUAUCACAGCUAUUGUUUAUGUAAAUGAAUAUGCAACACAGUAACACAUUUAGGUUGAUUUAAAGUCAAUCUUAUUGACAAUACUGGACAGCUGAAGGUUAAUUAAUUUGAUGUUUCUGGCAUAUUGUUUAUUACUAUUUCUGAAAAAGGGGAACUCCAGACAAAUGUACUGUAUUUUACUUACUAUACAAAUGCCAACAUGCCAUUUCUGUUCUAUGCAUUUCAUUCAAUUUUAAUGAAUCUUAUGUUUUAAGAAAUGCUGGUUAUACAGUUGAUGGAAUUAAUUCCAUUAAGAAUCACUCGCCAGAUAUUACAAACAAUACUGCUCCUAUGCAUUAAUGUUGAGUGGAACUGACCUUUUUAAGAAACUUGGAGAUCGAAAUGCAUAGUUACAUGGACUGGAUGAUAAUCAAAUGUUUAAAAUGGUCAUUAGACUAAUCUGGUUCAGGUAUUUAGUCUUGCUUUAGCUUCUGAAUCAUUUUUGAUAAAGUAUCCACAGAACACAGGUCUUGUUUUGCUCAGACACAUUACAUUAGCCCAAGAGAUCUAAGGAAAAAUAAGUCUUAAACCCAUGCUUAUUGUCUAGCUUGUAUAACUUAACUGUGAGAUCAUUUCAAUAUAAUGUACUUUUAAUUAUUAUGUAUGCCCCAUGAAUAAGAGUGAUUGUGUUAAUGGAGUUUUGGUGAAUUUAUAUCUUAUCUAGGGAUGUUCAUCAUGUUACAUCUUUGCUGCUUUUUUGCGCACAAAACACCGGGGGAAACUGGGACGAUUUAUGACUAGAGUGCCAUCUACAGCACAAGAAUGUUAAAUGACUGUGGUAAUGCUGCUACAGUGUAUAUAACACUGGAGCUGAAAUAAAAAUGCAGGUGAUAAAUGA